AAUGAAGUAUUUUACUCCCUCCGUCCUACUGUCUUUGUCCACUUACCUUUUGGCACACACCAUCCAAUGCACUUCUUUAAUCCAUUUUAUCUUGUAAUUUGUAUAUUAAAAAAUUAUAGAAAUUAUAUAUUAAUAAUCUAUAUGUUAAGACAAAUCAAACAAGAUCACACAUGACUAUAUUUAGGCUUACACAUUGAGAGAAUUUGAUGAGUCAAAGUGCUUAGAUGAACAGUUCCAAAAGUCAAAAGUGGACAAAGACAAUGAGACGAAGGUAGUAUAAAAUAAUAUAGUCUUGUCAUAUCUUUCUUGUAAGAUUGUUCAUGUAANAAUACUAGAGGAAUGAAGUAUUUUACUCCCUCCGUCCUACUGUCUUUGUCCACUUACCUUUUGGCACACACCAUCCAAUGCACUUCUUUAAUCCAUUUUAUCUUGUAAUUUGUAUAUUAAAAAAUUAUAGAAAUUAUAUAUUAAUAAUCUAUAUGUUAAGACAAAUCAAACAAGAUCACACAUGACUAUAUUUAGGCUUACACAUUGAGAGAAUUUGAUGAGUCAAAGUGCUUAGAUGAACAGUUCCAAAAGUCAAAAGUGGACAAAGACAAUGAGACGAAGGUAGUAUAAAAUAAUAUAGUCUUGUCAUAUCUUUCUUGUAAGAUUGUUCAUGUAAUUUUUUAUUAUAUAAGUUUUAUUUUUAAAUUGACCUUUAUAAUCAAAUAAAUUGAAUAAUUUCGCAUAAUUGAAAUACUCUAAAUGAAAAAUUAGAAAAUAAAAGUGAAAAAAUUAUACUGUACCUUCAGGUAUAUAUUUUUCUUCGCAAAAGGAACAGUGAUGGGGAUUUCACCUGAACAUCGUUGUGCCGUAAACACACUUCCGGACGUUUCUUCUCCGGUUCCCAAAUCCUCAAAAUCUCUUUCUUCCUCAUCUCUUCUCGUACCACGUUCAUUAUUUGUACAAAAUCAUCAUUUAAAACCCUAUUUUGUAGUUAGAAAUGGCGAUCGCUUCCCCGAGAAUCUCGUACUCGUUCUGUUGCUGUCGGGUCGGGUCAGCCCGUGCUGCAGUUGGCUCUGUCCGAUUAUUCCAGAUCCAGACACGGUUCCGAGCUCGGAAGUUCGCGUUGUGUUCUAGACUGGACUCAUCUUCAUCCGCGCACUCCAAUGGGUUCGAUGGCGAUCUCCCCUACGAGCUACAGCACGGGGUGUCGACCCACCACGGCCGUCGUGGGUCGCCGGUGUUCGUGACUCUCCCAGUGGACGCGGUUAGCUUCCAGCUGGGGCAGAUGAAGAGGAAGAAGACUAUGGCACAGUCUUUCAGGGCGCUGAAAGCUGCCGGCGUGGAGGGAGUUGUCAUGGAGGUGUGGUGGGGGCUGGUGGAGAGAGAUAGGCCUGGCUCAUUCAAUUGGCAGGGCUAUUUGGAGAUUGUGAUGCUGGCAAAGCACUGCAGCCUGAAGGUUCGAGCUGUACUAGCGUUCCAUCAGUGUGGCACAGGGCCUGACGAUCCCUUUUGGAUUCCUCUUCCUCAGUGGGUGAUAGAAGACAUGGAAAAGGAUCCAGAUUUAGCAUAUUCAGACAGGUUUGGGAGACGGAGCAUGGAAUAUAUUUCCCUAGGAUGUGAUGUUCUUCCCAUUCUGCAAGGACGAUCUCCAAUACAGGCAUAUACUGAUUUUAUGAGACACUUUAGAGACACCUUCAAACCAUAUCUCGGAACCACCAUAACUGGUAUUCAAGUUGGAAUGGGGCCUGGUGGUGAGUUAAGAUAUCCUUCGUGCCCUUCACUAAAGCUAACAAGGACAUGGCGCUCACAUGAACUUGGUGAAUUCCAAUGCUAUGAUAAGUAUAUGCUGGCUUCUCAGAGUGCCUGUGCUGGGGAGAUAGGGAUGCGCGAAUGGGCAAAUGGAGGCCCCAUUGGUGCUAGCAAUUUGAUGCACAACCCCGAAAGCACAGAGUUCUUCAGACGUGAUGGUUCUUGGAACACGCCAUAUGGAGAGUUCUUCCUUAAAUGGUAUUCUGGGAUGCUGUUGCUUCACGGGGAAAGGGUUUGCAAGGAAGCAGCAUCUGUUUUUAGGGGGGUCGAGGUCAAUUUGACUGGUAAAAUAGGUGGGGUCCAUUGGCACUACGUUACACCGUCUCACCCAUCAGAACUAACAGCUGGCUAUUACAACACUUCAAUCCAAGAUGGUUUCCUGCCGAUUGCUCGCAUGUUUGGUAGAUAUGGAUUCACGUUGUGCUGUACGUGUUUUGAGAUGCAAGAUGUAGAAGAACAACAGAUGAAUCCAGCGAGCAGUCCUGAAGGGUUUCUAAGACAGCUUUUACUUGCUGCGAGAAACUGUGAACUUCCAGUUGUUGGUGAAAACUCGGCAACCAGUCUUGAUGACAAAUCUUUUGAGCAGGUGUUAAAGAUUUCGAAAUUCUAUUCAGAUGGUCAAGAUAAACCGUCGUUUUCCUUUAACUUUGUCAGGAUGGACAAGAACUUGUUUGAAUACCGGAAUUGGGUUAGUUUUACUCGGUUUGUGAGACAGAUGUCCGUCACCAGUAUUUUUCGAGGGAAGAUAGGUUUUGGGGAAGGUGAUACGCCGGUUUCGUCUUCUUCAGCAGCUAGCAUGAAAGCAGUUCUCUCCUACUAGCCAGCCAGCCAGAUGAAGCAGAAGCUCUGUGUCCACUUCUGAUUUAUUGUUUUGAAUUGCAGUUUCUUGAGUAAAUUUUCUUCGCUGCAUUGUAUUUGGUUUUCCGUUUCGUACGUUCUGAAUGG